UCCCCAGUCCUUUAUCUUUUGAGACAGUGCCUUGUUAAGUUGCUGAGCCUUGCUUCAAACUUGCAAUCCUCCUGCCUCACAACCUGCUGAGUUGUUGGGAGUAUAGGCAUGCGCCACUGCGCACAGCUUCAGAUGGCACCUUUCUUAUCUGGGACAAGGCCCCACUGACCAAUCCUGAGAUUAUGAUGGACAGACUACACCUGAUCAACAUCAUCUGUGUUGGCAGCUUCAAAAAGCCUCCAGCUAUGCAAAUCCCCAACCCUUGUUUUCAUUCUCCUUUGUAUAAAACCUCAAGUCAUUAUUAGCCCCCAAGACAGGGUUAAGGACGUGGGUGCCCUUGUCUUCCCCGUGUAGCUGCUACAAAGUUUCUUUCAUGUUUUCACCGUUACCUUUUCUGUUUGGUUUUAGCAAGUGGCCAUACUUGAAUUGUGGGAUACCCAGAGUCAGGCCUCUGCCUAGGACUCUGGUAUCUGUGCUCUUUUGACGAAGAGAGGAUUAUUUUUUUUUAAUAGGAAAAGGCCAUGUCCAGUUAGGCAGGUAUGAGUGGAAGGACCAGGAAAAGACACAGAAAACCAGUGCCUAUACAACUUGGAUGCCUGAGACCAGGAGUAGUGUCCAGGAGGUCCUGACAUGAAGACUUCUGGGAGUCGGAGCAGACAUUGUGGCCUUGGUGUGGCACAGUAGACCCAGGACAGAUGAGCGGUGAUGUUUGCAUCUACUCCUGGCCCUGCUCCUACUACUUGGAUAUUGAGAAGCGAUGGGUCCCUGGGAAACUGUCCUUGCUGCCUUGCUCACUCAAGUUCACAACAGACAUUGCUGGAGAGGUUCUCGUGGGCUUGCCCCUGUCUAGCAUUGUUGAGAUCAGGAAGGAAGCGUCACACUUUAUCUUCAGUGCCAUCACUGUCCUGGAGAAGGGCCACCUCAAGCACUGGUUUGGCUCCUUGCGUCCCAGCCGCAAUGCUGUCUUCAACAUCAUCGAGCACUUCUGGAGGGAACUGCUCUUGUCCCCGCCAGGUGCUGCUGCUGAGGUGACGCCUUCCCCCAUAACCAGGGGGCAGGAGUUGACAGGACUGAUGGCAAGUUCCCAGAGGCGCCUGGAAGAUACAGCAAAGGUCCUUCACCACCAAGGUGAGCAACUGGAUAGUGUCAUGAAGGACCUGGAGAAGAUGGACUCAGACCUGGACGUGGCCGAUAGAUUGCUGACAGAACUGGAAUCGCCUUCAUGGUGGCCUUUCAGCUCCAAGCUUUGGAAGACACCAGUAGAAGUAAAGCCCAGGGAAAGCACCUCCAUGGCUGGUUCUGAGCCAUUUGGAAAGGAGGGGGUCGUGGCCAAAAUCCCUGCUAUUAUUUCCCAAAGAACAGAGUUCCAUGUUAAGCCAGGAAGGCUCACCAUCCUGGUUUCUGGGUUGGAAAUCCAUGACUCCAGCUCUUUGCUCCUACACAGGUUUGAGAGAGAAGACCUAGAUGACAUUAAGGUGCACUCGCCUUAUGAAAUCAGCAUUCGCCAGCGGUUUAUUGGAAGACCAGAUGUGGCCUAUCGAGUGAUAUCUGCCAAGAUGCCAGAGGUCAUUCCCCUUUUAGAAGUACAGUUCAGCAAGAAGAUUGAGCUGCCACAAGAGGCCUCUGUGCUCAGGAGCACAGGGGCUUCUUCCUCCACAGAGAGGAGCUGGUCCUUCUGGCAUGCAGCACCCAGGCUGAGGGGCUGUACCACACAGCGGGAGCUGCCUGAAGGAGGCCAGGAAGGCGGGCAACUGCAGCUGCAGAGGGAUCAGCCACUUCUCUCUGAGAGGGAAACCCAGGAGUUGACACAGAUCCUGGCAAAGCUGAAGGGGCUGGCGCUGGACACUGAGACAGAGCUAGAGCGGCAGGAUGAGGCCCUGGGUGGCAUCACAGCAGCCGUGGACCGUGCGACCCUGACCGUGGACAAGCAUAACCGACGGAUGAAGAGGCUGACCUAGGAGGAGACACACUGCACCUCCAGCAGGCACUAAGGCAAUACCCAAGUCCUCCUGAAGGAACGCGACUGCACAUUCCUGCUCUUCCAUCACAGCAUCACGGGCACACUCUGGGAGUGACACUCAAGCCCCCCCAGUGGGAACUGCAGCCACAGACUCACCACCACAUCCUGCUCUGGCUUCCUCUGGUGGACAGCUCUUGUCGCUCCCCGUGCGUUACGAAGUCCAAUACACCUCCAGAGCACUCAGCAAACACCUGCCUGGCCUUUGCCCCCAAGAGAAAAGUGACAGCACCCUUAACAAAAAGUGCAGAGUUCUGUCUUCUGGACAGACCCGAGGUCUCUCCAGUAAUAGGAAAAAAGUGAUAAUUUUUUUGCGGUGGGGGUGGUGGUGUUUGUUUUGUGGUGCUGGGGAUUGAACCCAGGGCCUUGUGCAUGAAAGGCAAGCACUCUACCAACUGAGCUAGAUCCCCAGCCCAGAAAUGCUAGUUUUAAAAUAGGUUUUGCAGCUGCAUCCUACUCUUGGCCUUCAUGUUUUAUGUCUUAGGACACUCACACCUCUCCCAGGGGGCCCCUGGGAGAGAGAAAGAUGGUCCUUUCAUAAGCCACAUCACAGCAGGCCACUGUCACCCAUCUGUGUAUUUAAUGUACACUGCAUGUUUGUGGGUGUUAUGGUUUGGACUGGAAUGUCCCUCAAACACUCCUGUAUGGAUGGUCCCCAAUGCUUCAGUGUUCAGAAGUGGGGCCUUUUGGGAAGUGAUCCCAUCAUGAGGGCUCUGACCUUACCAGUGGAUUAAUCAAUGGAGGAAUUCCAAUCGAGUAGAGUGUCGGGAGGUGUGGAGCUGUAGGAGGUGGCUCUAGUUGGAGGGAGUUGGUCCCUGGGUAUGUGCCCUGGAAUGGUACAUCUUGACCUCAGCACCACACCCCUCUUCUUGCUGCCUCACACCGUCCUGGCAAUAAUGAGCUGAGCAGCUCCUUCCCUCCACUCUUCAGCCAUGGUGUUCUGCUUCACUUCAGGCCUAAACAACAGAGACAACCAACCGUGGACUAAGCCUCUGAAACCAUAGGCUAAAACAAAGCUUUCCUCCUUUAAAUUGUUUUUCUCAGGCAUUGUGUCACAGCAGUGGAAAGCUAACAGUGAGCUCUAGUGUGACAGUCUCAUACAUGUAUAUGAGUGUGGUCAUCAAAUCAGGGCAAUAAGUAUUUCAUUUUCCUCAAACAUUUGUUAUUUAUUGGUAUUAGGAGACUUCAAAAUCCUCUCUUUUUCUUCUUCUUCCUAAAAUAGAUAAUAGACUGUUGUGAACUGUAGUCACUUGGCAGGGCUGUAGAACAUGAAGGCUGAUUUCUCCUUUCCAGCUGUGUUUUAGUUCCUGCUAUCCAGCCUCCCUCCAUCUGUCCUCUCCCCUGUGUUCCCAGCCUCUAGUGAUCACCAUUCUACUCUCUACUCCUAUGAGAUCAGCUUUUUGUCUCUGCAUGGGCGAGAAUGGGCAGUGCCUGUAUUUCUGUGCCUGACUCAUUUCAUUAGCAUGACAUCCUCCUGGUUUAUCCAUAUUGCUGUGACAGGAUUUCAUCUUUUGGGGGGAGCUGAAUAAUAUUCCUUUGUGUAUACACACCAUAGUUUCUUUAUUCAUACCAUGUGAUCUUGGUCAUGUGGAACUGCAAAAGCUGAUCUCACAGAAGUAGAGUGGAUAGUGGUUACCAGGGGUCAGAAGGAAGGUAGGAAAACAGGAACAAAACUAGUUAGAAGGAAAAGAUUCUGGUGUUCUCUUGCAUGGUAGAGUGACUCUAGUGAGUAGCAUAUUGCAAAACAGCUAGAAGAGGUGAUUCUGAGUAUUCUCACCCAGAGAAUUGAUGGUGUUUAAGGAGAUAGAUAUAUUAAUUACCCCUGAUCUGACCAUUACACAUGGUAGACUUGUUCUGAAAUGUCAUACUGAAAUGUUGGUGUUUUCCCCCUUCAGCAGGCACUAAGGCAAUAGGUGCCAUUAUUGUGGCAAUUAAAAACAAAAAAAAGGGGGGACCAGGGAUGUGGCUUGGUGGUAGAGCAAUUGCCUAGCAUGUGUGAGGCACUGGGUUCAAUACCCGGUACCACAUAAAAAAAUAAAAAACAAAUAAAAUGAAGGUUUAAAAAAAAUAAAAACAAAAAAGGAAGAGGCUGAGAAAGGGCCAGUGAGUGGAGGUGGAGUGCCACCCAUAGUGAUCCCUCUCGUGUUCUAGGAGAAAGCACCAUACUCCAGCUCCUGGAGGUGCUUCCCAACACCCAGGACCUCCUAUGCACAGCAGAAGUUCUGCUCAGUCAGUUCUCAGGUUGGCCACAGAUUUCUACAUCCACGUUGUCUUUUCAGCUCUCGGAACCCUCUGAAAACUGGAUAUGCGGGGGAGGAGCUGCACACAGAACCACAGCUGCCCUGGUAGAGCUUCUACCCUGUGCAUGGGCACUCCUGACCACACCCUGCCACUAAAGAAGCCGGCUCCCAGGUGGCAGAAAUUCACCUUUGGUAUGGCUAGUGCUUUGAGCGUGGGCAUGGGGAAAGCAGGUGUUGGACCCUUCAAAGUUCAGGGUACAGCAGCUUGUAUUGUGGGUAUCCCUCAGAUAAUGACAGGUAGGGCCCCAGGAGUACCUUGCAGGAAGUUGUUUGGACCAUGGGCUGCCUCUUCCAGUAUGUGACAGUGCAGUGGCCAUAGGGAUAGGAUUGUGGUGACUGGAAAACCACAUGUUGGGUCAUUGAGGAUCCCAGACUCGAGGGACUCUACUUGGGAAUCCCAGGAUGAAGUCUUCUGUAGAGGCAGCACUUGAGCUGGCCCUGGGAUGAGUGUCAGAGAUGCAGAGGCUGUAGAAAACAACUCUCAGAGAACAUUGAGGCUACACGUGGAGUGCCAGUAUGAUACCAGGAGGCCUGGAGGGCACCAGCCUGUCCCACCUGGACCUGGGUCUUUCCUUGUUGAAUGUCGCAUUUCUGUUAAUCAAAUGCUGGUAUUGUGGAAGGAGAGCUCUGUGCACUUUUGACAAAAAACGGACAGGCAGUGUGCACCUGCCCCAGGACCUACAUCUUCUAGAGUCUUCCUUAGAGCCUCUCUGUAAGUUCGUUAGAUCUGAUCGACACAGGAAGAGCCAGCCUGAAGAACAGGUCUAGGACUACAAUAGUGUAAAAUGCAGACAUUUGGAGACUAUGGUGUUAGGCUCAAACUGACCCCUUUUUCUCGUGUCGCAUAGACUGUUUCCUAUAUGAGGUAUUACCACCUGUUUUCCCCAUUAGUUCAUCCCUGAAAGGACACUGCCGGACAGGAAACUUUUUGGUCCUGGGUAGACAAGGAGAAGCCAGCUCCAGAGCUGGGAGUUGCAGGUGGGAAGACCACUAGUAGGGCAGUGCUGGGGAUGCUGCCAGGCAUGACAGUACUAAUGGAGAAGACACUCUUGCCAGGCACCCCACGUGAGCAGCAUGUGCAGCUCACUGUCAGCAACCUAGAGCGUGUGGUCCGCAGUUAGAGAACACGUUGGCAGUGAGUCCCAGCCCCACUUAACUUCCUCUGACCAAUAGCAGAGAACUCAUCUCUGCUGGCAUCCCACCACCUAGGGAUGCACAUCUGUCCCACGUCUCUGGCUUGGAUGGCUCCCCAUCCCUUUACCAGGACCCGGAUCAGAGUGACACAUAGGGUGUCCUACAUCCCUUGACACCUCCCUGAUGCAGGACCUCAUGCUGUGAGUGGCGGGUGUCCUCAGUAUCACUGGGAUGAAGUCUCCCCUGUGUGCUUACAGAACAGAACCUCAUGCUGUGGUGUAGGGUCUCUCAUGUCCAUUCACUGCCACAGAAUGUCACACUCUGGGUUGUGGUCUCCUGAGUCUGCUGUUAGUAAGGAUUUGCUGGGUUUGUUCUCCUUGGGGCAAAACCCUUUCAUCCAUGAACCUGUGGAACCCGACUUGUAGAAACAUGUCUGCUACCAAAAUCCAGUGGUGGAACUGGCAUAUGACUGCAAUGAUGAGAGGAAAAAAUAGAAAUUAGAAAGGAGCCACUUGGCUUUCCCUUUGCAGUCAUGCAUUGAGGACCUUGGCGUUAUCCCUCUGCCUAACAAGAAGUAAAAGUUUGAACAGACUUUCCUAGAUCUCUCAGGGAAAUGAGGUCACAGGGCCAAUACUGCCGCCAUGAUUGCUGGCAACAGACAGCAAAGACAGAUUCCCUCUUCCUGGAGCAGAAACUCAUGUCAGAAUUUUCUCUGGAGGCCAAAUUGGGGUAGGAAAAUCUGCACCAUUAAUGACAAAUUGUUGGAGCCUCAUUGUACUCAAUCCUGAAAGAUAAAACCGCAGGAGACAUGAUAAGAGGGGAGACCAUGGCCUUUUGUGAGUUCACCUUUAGCAGCUCAAUCAUAUUCUCACAGUAAAUGUUGGAGAAAGAUCCCUUUGGGGCUUCCUCAGGGAAAAUAUUAAGUAACCAUUUUUGAAGUAUACAAGAGCAUUCUAUUCUUGAGCUCUGACCUCAAGAGAAACCAUUCUACAAAGGCCUGGCUGACCUGGGGAAGGGGAAGUAUCCAACUACAGGUCCUUCCAACCAUUCUAUCUUACCUGACAGGUUGUUGGGGGACAGGGUCUGUGCUGAGAAGCAAUCGUGAAGUCCAUGAACCAGGGACAUUGACUUACCAAGACUUAAUCAUUAUAGAAUAGUUCCCUCCCCCACAUCUUACACCACAUUACCAAAAUCCUGUGUGCAGCAGUUGCUUUUACCUAGCACAUAAAGUCCCUCCAACAGCAACAACAAAAAAAUUGCAUACUAAAAGAAGUACAUUCAUGUGCAUGUAUGAAUAUGGAAUAAUGAAUCCCACCAUCAUGUAUAAUUAUAAUACACCAAUAAAAAAAGGAAAGACUGAAGAGAGAACUAGCAUCAGAACCGAGUUGGAUAAUAGGAAUUUUGAAAUUAUCAGACCAAGAUCUUUCCAAAAAUACUAUGAUAGCUAUGCUAAGGGUGUCCUCCAAAAGCUCACAUGUGAGACAAUGCAAGAAGGUUCAGAGGAGAAAUGAUUGGGUUGUAAGAGUUUUAACCCAAUCAGUGAUUUAAUCCCAUGAUAGGGGUGUGGCUGGAGGAGGUGGGAAUUGGGGUAUGGCUGUGGGUAUGCAUCUGUAUUUGGGGUGUGCAGUCUCUCUGCUUCUUGAUCACCAUGACGUAAGCUGCUUUCCUCCACCACCCUCUCCUGCCAUGAUGUUCUGCCUCACCUCGAGCCCAAGGAAUGAAGCUGGCCUUCUCUGGACUAAGACCCCUGAAAUUGUGAGCCCUCCCCUACAGUUGUGUUGGUCAGAUCCUUUAGUUACAGCAGCCAAAAAGCUGACAAAGACACACGGAAAGUGCACAGCGUGUAAAAAUACAGAUGAUAUAAGCAGGAGGACGAAUAUUCUAAGAGUAAAAAGGGUGCCAGAAAUCAAAGACUUUUAACAGAAAUCAAGAUGCUGGAAAGAGUCUGUGAGCUUGAGGACAUGAGAAUAGGAACUUCCAUAAUAGAAGGCAAAGAGAAAACUCUGAAGGAAAAAAAAGAGACAGAAAUGGAAUACCCAGACUUGUGGGACAAUUACAAAAUUAUAACAUGCACAUAUGAGAAUAUUAAAAGGAGAAUAAAGAAAGGAACAGAAAGUGUUUUGAGGCGGUAAUAACUGAGAAUUUCCCUCCAGUUAAUGUCAGACACAAAGAUAUAUAUCCAGGAGGUUCAGAGAACAGCAAGCAGGAGAAGUACCAAAUGACUACACCUAUACCUAGUAUAUUCAAAAAUAAAACAAGGGAAAUCAAAUAUUUUUUUAAAAUCUCAAAAGAAGCCAGAGGGGGGAAACCACUCGAUAGUUACAGAGUAGCUGACAUCUGAUUUUUCCUCCCAAACCACGCCAGCAAGAAGAGAAUGGAGCAAAAUACUUAAAGUGGAAAAUCCACCAAUUUUUAUCCUGUGAAAUUAUCUUUCAAACGUAAAUAAAGACAUCCACAGACAAGUAA